AUGAGGCAGCAGCUCUAUAUUUUGUUUAAAACCUCAGCUACAAAAACUGUUACUCAUUACGACUAUAGACACCCUCACCAUCUGACCGUGAGCGACCGACACUUCCCAGCGCGUCGAUCACACUCGUGCUCGUGCUGCGUAACGUGCUCGUGCGCGUUCCGCGUUGCCGCGCCAACUCCAGUGAUGGGUUCCCCAUCCAAGAGGCGGCUCGCGCCUACUGGGGAACCGGGGCAGAGGAGCUGCCUGAGACCGAAGCUUGAGGCCCAGAGACUGGGGGCACGGCGCGUGGUGACUGGGGCCGGGCCGCCCUCAUCUCCGGACCGCCAGGAUGGACUGGUUCACUACUUCUGGGGCAUCCCCUUCUGCCCGACCGGCCUGCAGCCCGACCAGUACACCGGCGUCAUCAUGUGCCAGCUCCAGGCCUAUGAGCGUUGUUUGAAGUUGGCGCAGAGCCGCUUCCUACGGAAGGCCCAGUUCGGGCCGCCGGUGUUGCCGCAGCCCGAACCCCAGCAGGGAGGGGAGCCGGCUAGAAGGAACUGGCAGGCAGAUAGAUCGGCUACAACAAACGCGGCGGAGUUGAGCCGGGAGAGUGACCGGCUGGACGCGACCAAUAAUCAGCCGCAGACUUCAAAUGUUUGUGCUGAAGAAAUCCCAGAGGACGGAGGAGGACAGAACAGUGAAGAUGAGGCUGAGGGCAGCAGAGGCACUAGUUCUUGUGCAAGUCCACAUGUUCACCCAGAGGCGGCUGUGCUGUUCAUUGGCACAGAAACACAGCAAAGCUCAUCUGAAGAAAUGUAUACAGUGAGUGAAACUCCUCGGGGAUCUGUUAGUGAUUCAAUACAGGAGCCUGAAGAUGUGGUUUUGAUCGAAGAUGAAGCUGAAGAGUUUCAACCCACACCAUCAAAGAAAUCUUAUGUGGAGUGUCCGAUCUGCAGUCACAAAUUCCCAUCAGAGAAGAUCGAGGUGCAUGCUGCAGACUGUGAUGAUACCAGCGAUGGGGGAUCUCAGCUGCAAGUGCAGACACGCAGUCACACACGCAGAGUGGCGAAACAGAAUGGCACAGAUGGAUCCAACUAUACCACUCUGAGACUAUGAGAAGAGCUGGAUGAGUGAAAAGAAUGGUUGAUCUCCCUGCCUCAGGAAUACUCUGAUCCAGUGAUCUGCGGGUCUGGUACCAUCCCAGGAUGUACAGCAUGUGCCCAGGACCUGAUGUAAAUAAUCUCAUUAAAAACAAUUAUUUCAUCGCUA